CUCCCCCCUUCCCCUCCCCUCCUCCCCCCUCCUCUCACCGCGCGGGGUGCUAGGAAGGCUGGGGUGGGCGAGGGCCGAGGGCCGAGGGCUGCGGCAACCGGGGGGCGGAGGCGCAUUGUGAAGUGGCCAGAGCGUCACAGGCGGCCCGGACCCCCGGGAUCCGAGGGCGGGGCGGGUCUCCGCAGCGCCCCCCGUGAGGUCCAGGGACCCUGGCUCAGACGCUGGGCGCGCGGGGAGGGAGCAUGGAGGGCUUCGGCCGCUUCUCCCCGUGGCCUCACUCGGACCUCUGGGAGGCCCCGCCGCCCCGCAAGGAGCGCGCAUCCUCGGCGCGGCUGGGCGGGUCAGGGCCGCAGAGCGAGCAGGGCCUGUGCUCCCGGCCCGGGACUCCCCGCGAGCGGAGCGAGGCCUCGGCGCCCUGGCCGCACCUGCGCUGCUCGCCCACCCCGCGGCCCCGCCGGCGCCGGUACCCGGACUUUCCGCCUGAAAGCCGCAGCCUGACCGACGUGGCCCGGAGGCCCCCGGACCACGCCAGGAAGCACCGGCCCCGCAGCCGGCGCCUGGAAGACGCCUGGGGGGAGGCGGGUACCAAGCCCCUGGAGCAGGGAGGCAGGCCGCCUAGCCCGGCCUGGCAGCAGCAGCCCCAGCUGCCACCGCAACAGCCUCAGCCCUGCCAGCACUACCCUCCGGCCCGGGGAGAUUCGCCCCCACCUUACCCGCGGGGAGCUUACACUCCCCCGAGUGGAACUUUCGGGGUAGAAAAGGUGCAGAGCGGAGACCAGUGGGCAGUGCCGGCCUGCAGAGGUCUCGGUCGCUGGUCCCUUUCCUCGGUUCACACGAAGAAGUGUUCUGUGCCCUCCAGAGAGUUCGGGACGCAGUCAGGUUGCGUGUACCUCCAGAAAAGAUACCGUAAUGAUCCGGUGGAGUCCUUAGCCAGCCAGUACUCCCAGCCCUCGCUCUCCAGCAAGGCGAUGCAGAACCAGCACACCCAGAUCCUCAAGAACAAGCUGGAAGAGGCAGUAAUGUCCUCCAGGGACCGGAAGAUUGUGGCCCUGGUGCUGACCUGGCUCAAGAAGGCCCAGAGGAUGCGGGAGCUGCAGCAGCAGGCGGCCCUAGCCUGGGAGGAGCUGAAGCGCUCGGACCAGAAGGUCCAGUUGACCCUAGAGACAGAGCGCAAGCUGCUGCUGCAGCAGAGCCAGGAGCAGUGGCAGCAGGAGAAGGAGCAGUGUGUCCGACGGCGGGACCGGCAAGCGACGAACACGAGCCGGCAGGAGCGCAGGUGGAAGGCGCAGCUAGGGGACCAAGAGAACCAGCGCCAGGAGAAGCUGGAGGGGGCCCCCUCUGAGACCGAGGCCAAGCGCGGGACGCAGUACCAGGUGCAGCGCCUGCAGGAGCACGAGAGGAUGAUGCAGGACCUGCGGGAGCAGAACAGCCUGCAGCUGCAGAAGAGGCUGAAGCAGGUCUGUCUAAAGAGGCAUGUGCACACCACCGAGGGCCAGAAGAAGAUCCAGGAGACCCGUCUUAGCUCCCUAGUCAAUUACCAGGCCCAGAAGGUCCUCAGGGACUGCCAGGCCAAGGCUGAGGAGCUCCUUAGGAAGCUGUCCCUGGAACAGUGUUCCCAGUGGUCCCAAGAGAUCCCCCAGGGCCUGAUUAAGGAGCAUCACCGGGAGCCGAAGGAGAAGGUCAAGAAGGAGGAGGAGCAGUGCCAGCAGGUCAAGGGGUGCGCGGAAGAGUCCGGGGAGCAGAGGAAGGGGCACGAGCGGCUGCCCGUGGAGCUCGCGGACCAGAAGAUCCUGCAGACCAGGAGUAACGUCCACAGGAAUAUCAGCGACAAGGUGCAGCAGAUUCGGGAGCUCAACAUCCUGCGGGAGAAGAAUCAUCACAUCCUGAAGCUGAAAGCCGAGAAGGAGGAAAAGUGCCACAUCGAGCGCAUUAAGGAAGCCAUUAGGAAAAAGGAGCGGAAGAUGGAGCAGAUCUCGCGAGAGAAAGAUGCACCCUUCGGUGAAUUCCAAAAGAUCUCCAGGGCCUCCAGGGCAGACAACGUGAGAAAGUUUGCCAACAACUUCUUUGAUCCGAUAGGGCGGGAGGCCCAGGUUCGAGCUGGGCAGCAGAGAGGAGGCCACUGAGAACCUGACGACAAAUAGCUUACAGCCCAGGCGGCUAGAAAGAGAUGUGGCAAUGUGAUUCGUUUUAUAAUCUGAUUAUAAUUGAGCAUUCAUUUUUUAAAAGUGUAUAAAAUAGCUGCAAUUUCGUCUGAUGAACUAGUUUAUUAAUUCAUUUGGAUGGUUGAGAGGGUUGGGGUAGAAAUUUGGAAAUUUUAAGAAAAUUACUUGCCUUUGUACAUUUGGAUUUAAGUAGAAAAUAUUCAUUUAGUUCUCAAGUAAUCUUAGAAGCAUAUGUCAGACACAUCUUUGAGGAACCAAAGAAAAAUCUACAGUGGGGAAUACAGUUCUGUGUCAUGAGCUAAUGCUGUUCCAGCCAAAUGCUGUGUACAUUCCCAGCAUUCUAGGAAAGUGCUUAAAAUAUCUCAGACAGACGUCCCAUGAAUCUAACUCUUCCUCUUGACAUAGAACAGUGUGAGAGAAUGCCAGAUAAAACAGCAGAUCCAGUCCUGCAAUACUCAAAAUGUCCAGGUUUCAAUUCAAAAUCACACUUCGUGUCAAGAACCAAGAAUAUCUCGAACUGAAUGAAAAAGACAAUAGGUGUCAAUGUGAGGAUGACAAAUGUUAGAAAUAUCUAAAGAUCUUAAAGAAGCCAUGAUAAAAAUGCUUCAACAAGCAAUUAUGAACACACUUGAAACAAGCAAAAUAUAAAAUUGUCUUGGCAAAUAGAAAGCCUCAAAAAAAAAAAUACGAGAUAUAAAGAAGAACCAAAUGUAAAUUUUAGAACUGGAAAACACAUUAACAAAAAUAAAAAGCUCAGUGGAUGAGCUAAACAGCAGAAUGGAGGGGACAGAAGAAUCAGUGAACUGUAAGACAGAACAAUAAAAAUUACCAACUCUGAGAAAUAGAAAAUUACCAAAAAAAAAAAAAAAAAAAAAAAUAGCAGAGCCUCAUGGACCUGUGGGACUAUAACAGAAGUUCUAACAGUCAUGGCAUGUCCCCAGAGGAGAGAAGUAAGAAGGUAGGGCUGAAAAAGUGCUCAAGGUAAUAAUGGCUGAAAACUUUUCAAAUUUGGUAAAGAGCUAACCCUACAUAUUCAAGAAGUUGAGUGAACCCCCCCAAAAGAGUAAACCCAUAGAAAUCCAUAAGACAUAUCAUAGUCAAACUUCUAAAACUGAAGAAAAGAAAAAAAUUCUUGAUCAGAGAAUGAGAAAAUAAGCCACAGACUGGGAGAAAACAUUUGCAAAAGAGUGGCUAUAUUAAUAUGAGACAAAGUGCACUUCAGAGCAAAAAUUACCAUAGACAGGACCAUCAUAAACUUACAAGAGAGUCAAUCCACUGAGAAGACAUAGUUCUAAACAUCUAUGUAUAAACAACAGAAUUACAAAAUAUAUGAAGCAAAAACCAAUAGAACUAGAAAAAGGAAUAAAAUCACAGUUGCAGCUGGAGACUUGAACACCCUUCUCUCAACAAUUGAUAGGACUUCUAAAAAGAAAAUCAACAAAGAUACAGAAAAACUUAACACCAUCAACUAACAGGAUCUAAUCAACAGUUACAGAAAACCCCAGCCAGCAGCAGCAGAACACACAUUCUUUUCCAGCACUCAUGGAACAAAUAGCAAGAGAGAUCAUAUCCUGAUCCAGAAAAUAAACUCAGGACAUUUAAAUUAUUGAAAUCAUACAAAAUGUGUUCUCUGACCACAAAAGCAUCAAACUAGAAAACAAUUACAAUGAUACCAGGAAAAUCUCCAACAGUUAGAAAUUAAUCAGAACUCUUCUAAACAAUCCCUAAGUCAACGUCUCAAAGGAAAAUUUUUAAAAUACAUUGAAUUUAAUUAAAAUAAAAUGUCAGAUUUGUGGGACACAGCAAAAGCAGUGCUGAGAGGGAAAUUUAUAGAAUUAAGUACAUUUAAAAAGGCAAA